ACCGCUAUUAAAUAUUGAGUCUGUAUGUUGAAUCGAACGAGUAACAUUUGCGCAAAUUCUCUAAACUAAACUAAAUUAAAUUGAAAAACUCAGCAGUACGACUUGGUGACUAACGCACCACCCAAUAUUCAAUUACGCGCACCAACCGCAGUGGCAGCAACUGGAGAACUCUUGUUGCACAAUGGAACUUGUAAAUCAUGGCUUAUUUAUAAUUAUCACAGCUGUUGUGUGUGCCGCAGAACAUGAGGAACGCGAAUUGCCUUAUCGACACAGCUUUUUAAAUCCAUACCCACGAUUCAGUUCCCACAAUGACAGCAUUGAUCCUGGCGAGCCGCUAUUCCUGACGCCCCUUCUGAACAAUGAGUCCAUAUCCAGGCAGGAGGUCCGGGAUAUGGCGCGCGUUACGGGUCCACAGUUUCUAGGAGUGGAGAGCUAUUCGGGCUAUCUGACCGUCGACGAGGCUUACGAUUCGAAUAUGUUUUUCUGGUAUUUCCCCGCCGAGCAGGAUCCGGAGCAUGCGCCAGUUCUCCUAUGGCUACAAGGAGGACCCGGCGCCUCCUCCCUCAUAGGCUUGUUCAUGGAGAACGGCCCACUCAGAGUUAUUACUCAAGACAAGCUGCAAAGGACGAAAUACAGCUGGAGCAGAACACACAAUCUGAUCUAUAUCGAUAAUCCUGUGGGUACGGGCUUCAGCUUUACGUGCCAUGCGGAGGGCUACGCACGCAACGAAUGCGAUGUGGGACGAAAUCUGCACGAGGCAGUCAUCCAGCUGUACAAACUGUUCGAGUGGAGCAAUUCCUCUGGCUUCUGGAUCGCAGGCGAGUCGUAUGCCGGCAAAUAUGUGCCCGCCCUGGCCUAUCACAUACACAAUUCUCAGUCCGGACAUGAGGGUCACGAUCGUAUACCGCUUAAGGGCUUAGCUAUUGGCAAUGGUCUGUCCGACCCGCUGCAUCAGCUUAAAUACGGCGACUAUCUCUAUCAGUUGGGCUUGAUCGAUGAGAACGGCCUGGAAAGGUUCCAUUGCGCCGAGGCAGCGGGAAGGGCCUGUAUUAGGCAACAGGACAUGGACUGCGCCUUUGAGAUAUUCGAUUCCCUGAUUCUGGGCGAUUUGCCAAGUGGUUCCCUUUUCAAAAACUUGACGGGCUAUCAAUGGUAUUACAAUUACUUGCAGGCCCAUGACGAGGACUUCGUCUCCAAGCUGGGCAACUUUCUGCAGGCAGGUGUCACUCGCCGUGCCAUCCAUGUGGGCAACAAGCCGUUCCACGACAUGGGCAAGGAGAAUCAAGUGAAGAAGUUCCUGAAAGAGGAUCUCAUGGACAGUGUGGCGCCCUGGAUAGAAGAGCUCCUCAAAUACUAUACCGUCUGCAUAUACAGUGGCCAACUGGAUAUUAUAGUCGCCUACCCAUUGGUACGAAAUUAUUUGAAAACCCUAAAGUUCCCGGGCUCUGAUCGCUAUAAGACCGCACCCCGUAAAAUCUGGAGAGUUGACGGGGAAUUGGCCGGGUACAUGAAGCAAGCCGGCAAUUUGGUUGAAAUAUUAAUACGGAAUGCUGGUCACAUGGCCCCGCUGGAUCAGCCCAAGUGGGUAUACGAGAUGAUUAACCAUUUGACUCAUUACACUCGUUAAAGUUGGUAUUUACGUCUUGUAAAUUGAUGUUUUACGAUGAAGGUAGCAAACUUAUUUUAGAAUAGUUUAAGUGUAUGUCAAAAAUGCAUAUAUUUAUACUUUG